AUGGUCUCCAACAAAAACAGGUUAUACGUGGCGCUCUACCCAAGCGGAGUCGCCAACAACGACGAACGCAAAUACCACUGGGGUUUCAUCAUCGGACCUAAAAAUGAGAGCAAAGAAGAGGUUCGUGGCUUGCGUUGCAACGUCAGGAAUUAUCCCCUCCGAGGCUGGACGUACGAAGAGACCAAGCUACAGAAUGUGAAGAGCACCAACAAUCUCCUCGCGCGAAUUCGUGUUGCAAAGAUUGAAGACGAAAAGCGACUCUUGGAGAUUUUGAGAGAAACUCCAUUGGUUCAAGACGACCCCGAGUUUCGCUGCCGAACGUGGAUGGCGGAUGUCUUGUCGAGAAUCGCCAAUUCGGAGUCGUUCCGCAGUUGGAACCUCAGAGCUGGACUGGAGCAGGAUAGAGCAAAAGGCGAGACGCUACGUGGAGAAGAAGGCUGCAUCAGGGAGAUACUUGGAGGCAGACCAGGCAUUAGAGUCUAA